AUGGUUGAAACACAAGACGCCUCGAGUGAGAAGCGAGAGACACAGGCCAUCUCCUUUGCCGCUGUAGCAGGUGCUGCUGAGCAUGCUACAAAAGCUACGCAACAACGCGCAGCGACAACAACGGCGACUGAGCAAAGUGUCGCAGAGAACGCCAGCGUGGCGAGUUCGCAAGGAGACGUGGGCGCUUCGUCGCAGGUGAGUGACGCUGCUGCUGCUGCUACAGAGAAGAAGGCUGCUGCUACUGCACCGCCAAAGGUCAAUCCUUGGAAGAAGCGCACAGAGCAGACCAGCAAGUCGGCGAGUCCUGAUCUCCCAACAGCCGCGUCGGCGCCAAACAAAAGUGAUGGUCCAAGUGAUGGCACCAGACCUGCAGGCAAGUCUGCUCCAAUGGAGGAUCAGACACUGUGGCCUACACUUGACAAGGCGCUCCAACAAGUUGAUCUCGCUUCAACAAGCCGUCGUCAAUCUGCUCCAGAGAGUGGGACGACGCACAGUGGUGAGCAUGCAACCACAAAAUCCGCUGGAAAGAAGGAAUGGGUCAAGUAUACACCCAUCAUCACGCAUACACCUAUUGCGAGCCAAAUCAAGCGCGGAUCUGCUACCUCCUCUGGUGGCCAUGCGCGCGGCAGCAGUCAUACAGGUGGUGGCCGACACACUGGAAAUGGCACGGUGCCUCGAUUCUCACGCUCCACAUCUGCAGGUAAUAAGGACAGCGGUAGUGAAAUUCCCGCAGAUGGCUCUUACCAUGCAGAGGUCGCUGGUGACGGUCAACAGGGUCGACUCACGCGUAUGACAAGCGAGCAAAGCAGAGCUGGAGAUCGAAAGCGUGCUCAGUCUGCAACGAAUCAGCGGAUGCCAAGGAGUCCUGAACAUUGUGGUCAGGAAGGUGCACUUGAUCAAACACCAGAACGGUCAGCUGCUACAUCGCGAUCGUCUUCUAAGCUGCGCGGUGAUACACCUGUCGCUGGACAUGAACAAGUUGUCGGUACUGCACAACAGACGCAGCAGCAUGCGUACGGCGCUGACAAGCCACAACGCGGGCCGCGUGACCCUGCUACAUUCAAUGGCUCUACGGGACGCGGCGGUCGUGGCGGCGCUGCUUAUGCUCCGCGUGGUCAUCGUGGUAAUCAUAGCAUGCAUACGAAUGGUCAUCAAAAUGGCUCCUACCGACAUGGCGGUAGGACGUCCUUUGGCUCUCCACGCGAGUUUGUGGGCUAUAUGGGUGAUGGUGUUCCCAUGUCCUUUGUCAAUCCUGCGCAACAAGCUGCUUACAUGAUUGGACCUGGUAUGUUGGGCAUGCCACCCAUGAUGAUGGACCCGAUGAUGGCACGCCCACUCGUGCAGCAACAACUCGAGUAUUACUUUUCGAUUGAAAAUCUGUGCAAGGAUUUGUUUUUGAGGAAGCACAUGGAUGACCAGGGUUUCGUGGCACUUCCCAUCUUGGCACGAUUCAAUCGCGUACGCAGCAUUACCUUGGAUUAUGGACUCAUCAGGGAUGUCUGUGCAGCAAGCGGUUUGAUUGAGCUCAAGUGUGUCUCUGGUGAACAGGAUAAGAUUCGUAAGCAAGAAGGAUGGGAGCAGUGGGUGUUGCCGGUGGAGCAACGCGAUGCGGGUACGCAUGCUCAGCAACAAGCUCCACAACAGCAGGAAGGCGUUGUCAAUGGUGCUGGUCAGUUGAGCGAAUUGGUGACUGCACCUGCGUUUGUGCCGGGUAAGCAAGUUUCGACCUCGCCGGAGUCGCCGCAGGUGAAUGAAUUGACUGCUGUUGGUCGCACCGAGGCUGCAAGCGAAGCUGCGUGA